CCGUCCUUUAUUAUCACUUGUCCUCGAGCGGAGCGGGGCGGGCGGCAGUCUGUCUCUCUUCGAAUUGAAAUUUUGAAUCCUCUUCCCCCCCAUUCCCUUCCCUUCCCUUCCUCCCCUCCCCUCCCCACCUCCCAGGUUUCCACCACCGCGCCGCAGCCCGCAGAGCAGGCCGGAGCAGAGGAGAGAGCCGAGUCGAGUCCGCCCACAGUAGACAGAUCGAUGGGGUGCGUGUCGUCGACCUUCACCGAGGACGACGAGCGCCGGAUCAUCGGGGUAUCCGCCUCCGCGUCCCACAUCGUCUCCCUCACCUCCUCCACCUACGGCAUCCUCACCUACAACCUCGCCGCCUCCCCUUCCACCACCAAAUCCACACCCCCUCCACCGCCGCCGCCUCCGCCCGUCCCACCGCUCUCGCUCCCCUCCUGCAGGGCCAAGCCCAAGCCGCCCUCCGACGAGCAGCCGGAGGCGGAGGUCAUCAACUCGUGGGAGCUCAUGGCCGGCCUACACGACCCCUCCACCCCGGCCAAAUCCAAGUCCCCGCGCGGCCCCGCCCGCAGGGAAGCCGGCGACCGCCCGCCCCGCCCCAUCCGCUUCCCGCUCCGCGCCAUCGACGGCAACGCCGCGGCGCGCGUCCCACCUCCGCCGCAGCGCUGCCCGCCCGGCGGCGCGCGCUGCGCGGUGCUCUACACCACCACGCUCCGCGCCGUGCGCGCCACCUUCGAGGCCUGCAACGCGGCGCGCGCGGCGCUGCAGUCCCACGGCGUCGCCUUCCGCGAGCGCGACGUCUCCAUGGACCGCGGCUUCCGGGACGAGCUCCGCGCGCUGCUCCUCCCGGGCGCCCCGGCGGCGCUGCCGCGGCUGUUCGUGCGGGGCCGCCACGUGGGCGGCGCGGAGGAGGUGCUGCGGCUGGACGAGGAGGGCGCGCUGGCGCCGCUGCUGGAGGGCCUCCCCCGCGCGCGCUCCCACGGCUGCUGCGACGGCUGCGGCGGCAUGAGGUUCCUCCCCUGCUUCGACUGCUCCGGCAGCCGCAAGGUGCUGUCCGGCGUCGGCGCUGCGGUGAAAGGGCGCCCGGAGAGAGGCGUGGUGCUCCGAUGCCGGGAGUGCAACGAGAACGGCCUCGUGCUCUGCCCCAUCUGCUCCUGACCAGCUGGAUUUUUCACCUCACUUCAUCGAUCUACUCCAGUAGGUUUCAGUUCGUUUUCGCCUAUUCAGAUCGAUGAUACUUGUUGUAACUGAGACUGGUGGAUCAACUGAGGAUUUGUCGUCUGGGUUCUUA